AUGUCUGUGACAACAACCGAUUUGUCCGAAUCAGUCGCCGUCGAAAAACUGGUUACCGAAUCACUGGAAGCACUAAAACAUUCGUACUGUCCGUACAGUCGGUUUCCAGUUGGGGCCGCCGUCCAGACUAUUGACGGACACAUUUAUAGAGGUUGUAAUGUUCAAAAUGCUGGCAACGCUGGCAGUAUAUGCGCCGAAAGGACAGCCAUCGUCAAGGCUGUAGCCGAUGGUCACAAACAGUUUGCGGCAAUUGCCAUAUCGUCGGCAAUGUCACCGAAACAGCUGAUAGUACCGUGCGGUCUAUGUUUGCAAUUCAUGCGUGAAUUUUCAAAAGAUUUGCCGAUGUAUUUGGUCAGAUCCGACGGCAGCUACGAGAGGACAUCGCUUGACGUAUAUCUACCGAAAUCGUUUGGACCGCGCGAUCUGCGCGACGGUAUUGAUAAUGGCGUCAAAAUUGUCGGAAAAAAAUAA